AUGAGCAGCGCUCGUUUCAAAUACGUCGACGAGCAUCAUGGUUUUGGUACCAUGGCAAUUCACAAAGGCCAGGAGCCAGACAAGUACACAGGUGCUGUAGCUGUGCCCAUCACACUGGCCAGCACUUUCGCACAAUCGUCGCCCGGCGUCGUGACUGGUCGUGACCAGGCCAAUUCAUUUGGUAAGGGCUGGGAGUACUCACGAACAGGAAAUCCUACACGCGGCGCCCUCGAACGUGCGCUUGCUGCUUGUGAAAAGGGCCGUUUUGCUGUAUGCUACUCUUCUGGCAUGGCUGCGACGACAGCAGUGACUCACUUGCUCAAGCAUGGAGACCACGUAUUGUGUAUCGAUGACGUGUACGGUGGUACCCAGCGGUACUUUUGUCAGACGGUCAACCCAACGUACGGCAUCGAAUUUGACUUUACGGACUUGGGAGAUUUGAGUAAAGUGGAGAAACUGCUACGUCCGCAGACGAAACUUAUCUGGGUCGAGAGCCCCACAAACCCUACACUUAAAAUUACGGACAUCCGUGCCGUAUCGGAAUUUGCACAGAAGCACAACUUACUGCUUGUUGUCGACAAUACCUUCAUGUCACCCUAUUUCCAGAACCCGCUUACCUUGGGUGCUGACAUUGUGCUGCAUAGCAUCACUAAGUACAUCAAUGGACACAGUGAUGUGGUUGGCGGAGUUGUCAUCACCGACUCAGAAGACAUCAACACCAAGUUGCGCUUUAUCCAGAAUGGUAUUGGAGCAAUUCCGUCCCCAUUUGAUUGCUUCAUGGCCCUCCGUGGCCUUAAGACAUUGCAUGUACGUAUGGCUGCCCACGCCAAGAACGCCCAGGCAGUUGCCGAGUAUUUAGAGGCGCAUCCUGUCGUUGACAAGGUGUUCUAUCCGGGUUUAAGGUCGCACCCACAGCACGAUAUUGCUAAGAAGCAGGCGUUAGGAUUUGGUGGCAUGGUCACAUUCUACGUGCACGGUGGCCUCAACAAAGCACGCGCUUUCCUUGAAAACCUUGAAGUGUUUACACUAGCUGAGAGCCUUGGCGCUGUUGAGUCACUAGCGGAAUCUCCCGCCAUUAUGACCCAUGCCUCCGUGCCCUCUAUUGUCCGUGAGAAGAUUGGUGUCUCCGAUAGCCUUAUCCGCCUGUCCGUCGGCAUUGAGGGACUGCCAGACAUCAUUGCUGACCUUGAACGUGCGCUAGCCGCUGAGCCAAAAGCUUUCUCUUAG